AUGUACUUCAUGCAAUGGGUCUGUGCAGCCAGUUUAUACGAUGGAUCUAUCUCUGCAUCUCCACAGCCUCCUUCUUUGUGGCCAUUAAUGAGGAACUUGCAGGGUUUUUUCACCAGUGUGUGGGGUAUUAGACAGGGCUCCUUGCUCUCUCCCUAUAUAUAUGUCAUUGUGAAUAAUGCUCUGUCCAACAUGUUGAAUCAGGCUGCAGCUGAUGGAAAGUUUGGUUUUCAUCCUAAAUAUGAGAAAGUAGGGCUUUCUCAUCUUAGCUUUGCCAACAUACUGGUUUUUACUGAUGAAACUGAAGAAUCGCUGAAUGGAGUGUUGACAGUGAUGGAUCAUUUCGCUGGUAUGUCAGGUCUUCAGAUCAAUGCGUCCAAGUCAUCAAUUUUUUGCUGCUGGUCUGAACAGCCACUUGCUUAUUCAUGCUGCGAGUGCGAAAGGUCUAAAGGUAGAUACCUUGCCUAUACGCUAUCUAGAGCUUUAUCCUUUGCAGGACGUCUACAGCUCAUCAAAACGGUUAUCACCAGUACUGUUAAUUUCUGGAGCUCCGCGUUUCUAUUACCCAAAGGCUGUCUUGAUACCAUCGAGAGCAUGUGCAGUGCUUUCCUCUGGUCUGGGUCGCCAAUCGUUACGCAUAAAGCAAAAGUUGCUUGGGAAGAUGUUUGCUAUCCUAAAGAAGACGGAGGGUUGGGUCUACGAUGGCUUAGGGAUACUUCCCGUGUAUUUGCGCUGAGGCUGAUUUGGCUACUCUUUACUCAAACAGGGUCCUUUUGGGUGGCAUGGACUAAGGAGUAUUUGCUAAAACAUGGUUCCUACUGGGACGAGCGUGAAGGAUCUCUUGGCUCAUGGGUUUGGAGAAAGUUACUAAAGUUGCAGUCCUUCGCAUUCGACUUUUUUAGGUAUGAAAUUAAUAAUGGGAGAUCCACCUUCUUUUGGCUUGACAACUGGCUGGGUACAGGAAGGAUUUUGGAUGAAACAGGGGAGAUUGGCAUAGGCUACUUGGGGGUUCCUCGUUCUGCUACUAUCUCUGAUGUGGUAUGUGAAUCAGGUUGGAAGAUCUGUAGUAGAGGACAUAGGCGAUUCUCGAAAUCUCUGCAAAACUAG